ACUGACACUUGAAAACAAAACAAAACAAAAAUAUCAGCAAAAUUUACAAGAAAGAUAAGAAACAACGAAAAAAAUGGAUGAAACUCCAAUUAAUUUGGAAAAUAUUUUGGAACAAGCUCCAAAAUGGACAUUUGCUGGUGAUUUUACACUUCUACAAUGGAUGAAUCAAAUAUCACAGGAUUUGGAAACUAGAGCCACAAGAACUACAGAGGCUCUGACUAAACUCAACAAUAAUAUUAGAUCAACAAAUAUAGCUUUGGAUAAUGUGGCCAAUAGUUUGACCACUUUGCAGUUUGGUAAUCAGUUUGUUGAAUGUCGUGUGCAAGAUGAUGAUGAAACAUUGGCAAAUGAAGCCACUGGCAAUGAUAGUGUUAAUUCAAUUGAACAUACUCCAACAUCCAAAGAAAUACUUAACAAAUUUCUGGAUAAUAAUCUUAAAGUCCUUAGAAAUUGUCACGAAAAGUAUUCAAUAGAUCUUGAUGAUUCUGAUGAGGAUGAAGAGGAAAAAUCUAAAGAAAAAACUUGCAUUUAUCAACCUAUUAAUCCCUAUAAUGAAAAACCUCUACCUUUCAUAUUUGGCUCCAAAGAUUGGCAUGCAAAAUGGCAUGUGGGUCUAUAUGAAAAUCAACAAGAAAACAACUAUUCUGGUGAUGAAAUAUCCGAAGCAUUUUCUGAAUCAUCUUCAACUUCACACUUGGAUGAUAAUGAAUCAUUUGAAUCGAAUACCGAAUGGGCAUCAAGUAAUUCCAUAGAUAAUGACAAUUUAAAUACAAAUAUUGAGGUUAAAAAUGCCACCACAUUACGAGGAUCACAGCCCCUACAUCCAGGAACACCAAGUAUACCCAUCAAUGUGGCCAGAAAUACAGCAACAAUUAGUGAAUCGUCUUCUCUAUCUACACCAUCAUCUUCUUUGGCUAAAAAACCUCUGAGAACCACAAAACAAACGGAUAAUUUAACACAAAGAUCAGAGAGUAAAACUUCAUUAAACUCUAAGAUAUCUUCUAAGGAAUCAAUUAAAGUUGCAUCUCAUAAUAAAGAAACACCUCCUAUGCAAUAUAGACAACAACCUCAACCAUUUGUAGAUUUAUUUGCUGAACCACCAGAAGAUCUAGAAUCUUCAACAACAUCUUCAUCGGUGUCCUCAGCUCAAAAUAUUAUAAGACCUGCAGAUAAUAAACCUUCUUUGAAUACAGAAAGACCGCCUGUUUUCGCAACCCAACCUCCUCCUCCCUUUGUGGAUCUUUUUGCUGAGCCACCAGAAGAUAUACCCUCAUCUACUGCUUCUUCCUCAAUAUCUUCUGGUCGUAAUAUUAAGCGUAAAACAGUUAAUCUCUUCGAUGAUGAUGAAGACGAUUUAGCUAAAGAUGAUUUAUUAACAGCUUUAACUAAAAAAGAGGAAUUGGUUGCCACUAAAAAUGAAGAAAAGAAAACUUUAACGCCUGCUAAGGCCACCAUUAUAGAGAAACCGAUAACGAAAACUCCCAAAACUCUCUUCGAAGACAGUGAUGAUGACGAUGAUGAUGAUUUCUUAAAGGCUUUUACACAAAAAACUACCUCUAAAGCAGCCACUAAAAACACUUUAACUAAGACUUUAUUAUUUGACAAUGACUUCCUAGAACCUUCUUUAGAAACUAACUCAAGUAGAAAUUUGAUUACGCAUACUCAGGAAAAUACUGCAAAACCUAAAGUACGAGAUAUAUUUAAUGAUCCCGAAGAUAAUGAAAAUGAUUUAUUCGUUAAGGAAACAAAAGAUGAGUCCAAACUUUUAACACAAAAGCCAAAAAUCACGGAUGAUGCUAACUCUGAGAAGCCUGUUGUUAAAACUGAAAAUGCUAAGAAAUCUGUUAACUUAUUUAAUGAUUCUAUAUUAGAGCAACCAGUUGCUGAAAAUAAAAAGUUAUCUGUUAAUCUAUUUGAUGAUUUUGAGGAUGAACCUAAAUCGGACAAUUUGUCUAUUAAUAAAAAACCAAAGAAAAUAAAUCUAUUCGAUGAUUUAGAAGACGAGGACGGAGAUGAUUUAUUUUCUAAUAAAACAAAACAAAUCAGUAUUAAGAAUAUUCCCAGAGAAAGUAGUUUAAAGGAAAAUCAAAUAAAAUCCUUAGAAGAGACCAACAAACAAGUUGAUAGACAAACAAUUGUUGAGAAAAUAAACGAAAAUAUUCCUGCUAAAAGCAGUUUGAAGGACAAUGAAGCAAAAACCUUAGUAGAGACAAACAAACAAAUAGAAACAGAAGUAAUAGUUAAUAAAUCUGCCAUAACUGUAGAAGAGAACAAUGAGAUAAAGAAAACUGUUAGUGAAGAUCCUGCUAUUGAACGAAAUACCAGCAAAAAGGAAUCAAUUCUUAGAAAAACAGAAGAGAAGGAACAUGUUCCAGUUGUAAACGAUAAUAAAGUUUUAGACAAUAAAGAAAACAAAACAUCAGAUCAAUCCAAACUUUUUAACAAUGAUGAAAAUCUAAUUGCUAAAGAUACUAAAAUAGCUACAGAAACCUCGAUAGAAUCAUCAAACGUAGAGACCAAGAAAACUCCCUUAGAUCAUAAAGAACUUAAUAAUAAUGAUAGCAAAUCAAUGAUACCCGAAAAAACUGUCCCAAUAGCAGCAAAUGCAAGCCAAACAUCGAAUACCUCCAAUAAAUAUGACUUUAAUUCAGUUUUAUUAUUCGAUGAACCUCCAGAAGAUGAUAAUGCUUUCUUCGAGACGCUUACAAAAACUCCACAGGCACUUAAUAAUAAUUAUAAUGCCAUAGAUUUGGAACAUGAUUUAUAUGAACCUGAUUUACCUAAAGUACCUGUGACUAGUGCCAGUAAUAAUCAAACUGAUUCUGCGGAAACUAGACCGAAUAACUUAUAUACUGGUUUACAGCUGUUUAGCGAUAUACCUCCAGAUGAUGAUGAAGAUCACGGUGCUGCUAGUGAUACCUCUAAUCAUCCAACUGAUGUUAAUUCUACUAAACGUUUACAUAGUGUGUUCUAUGACGAUUUCAGUGAGACUUUAAUGGCUUUAAAUCAAAAUCAAGUUGUAAAAGAUAUACCCGCACAUUCUAUAUUUAGUGAAGAACCACCGCCCAUUAAUGAGGAAUUAAAAUCUACAAUUAGUAAAGAUACAAUAGAUCAUAAAGUACCUGAUGUUAAGAAAGUAGAGUUGGAAAAAGAUGUUAAACUCAAGGGCUGGGAAAUAGCUGCUAAACUUGAAGAAGCUUUAACAAAACCUGACAAUAAAAAUGACACUGCAGCAGCAGCUAAACGUCCAGUUUCUAAAUUACAAAUGCCUCAUAUAAAUAUUAAUGUGCAAGCUCUCUUACCAGGCGCUAAUAAUACUUUACGAAAAACCAAAGAUGAGGCAACAAAGUCAGUUGUAAUAGAACAAAGUAAUAAUGAGGUAAAAACUAAAGUUCCCACAGCACAAGCAAAGGAAAAGGAAGUUAGCAGCUUAACAAAGCCAACAGCAGAGGUAAUUAGAACAGCUGAAACUGAACAUAUUUUACCCAGUGUUACUAAAAAUCGUGUUAGAGGUCCAGCUGCCCGAAGACCCUCCACACGCAGGGCCAGACAAGAAAAUUAUCGCAAGAGUAUGCUCGAAGAAACAGCAACUUUAGAAAGUGAUGAAGAAAAUAAGAAAUUACAAAGUAAAAAGCAGGAAAUAAACAAUCCCAUAACCUCGCCAAAGGAUGUACAAUCACAAAUUAAUAAAGAAAUUCAAAAGCAAACUAAAGAAAAUAUAAAGGAGGAAAUUCCCAAAACCACAAACCCCUUAACAUCUAGUUUGUUUGAGGAUAAACCACCAGAACAAAGUAAUAUUUCUAAUAUAAGCAAAAGUUUAAGUUUGGAAAACAAAAGUAAAACUGAAAACUUAAAACAGGAAAGAACAAAAUCUUUAGAAACAUCUUCAUCAAAACAAAAUAUGCCAAACUUAACAACAGCACCAACAGUUAAUAAAAAUAUUGGAAAAGACAAAACAGAUAUCUUUGAACCAAAGGAAAGUGUUAAGGAAGAAAUUAAACAAAAACCAGCUCCAACAAAGGCAUCAUUACUUUUUGCUGAUGAGGAAGAAGAGAACGAUGAUGAUGAUCUAUUUAAACAUAUCAUAAAUUCAAAAACAACUGCAACAACAACUAAAACUGAGACAAAAUUACAUAAAAAUGAUAAUAUUGUUGCAAAUCUUUUUGCUAAUAAUCCUAGUAUGCAAGUCACAAAAGAGCAACCAAAACCAUCGACUUCAAAUGCCGCACUAAAUGCACAUGUUGAUGCUAACACUAUAACUACAACGAAACCUGACAACAAACACCCACAACCUAUAAAAGAUAAUGACAAUUUAUUUAAUAAAUCUCAAGCCAAUACAGCAACAUUAUCCAAUCAAUUAAAACCGAAAACUGAGAUUACAAAGAAACCAUCAUUUUUCGACGACGAAGAAGAUGAUGAUGAUGCCGAUUUAUUUAAGACUAAUAUACCAACCAAACAAACCAUCAAGAAUUCCAACACCUUAGAGGAUAGAAAUAGAAUAGCGAAAUCUAAAUUCAAAUCAUUUUUAGACAGUGAAAGUGAUGAAGAACCUAUUGUAGCUGGUCUACAAACAACGGCAACAACAACAUCAUCACAUACUAAUACGACAUCGACUAACAAAAUCCCAAAUGUUACCAUUCUAUCAACAAUAGAUUCAAAUGUUAAAUUAUUUUCCGAUUCCGAUACGGAUAGUGAUGAUUUGUUUGGCAAAUUGUCAUCAGCUAAAACUUCAAAUAAUAAGACAACUACAGAGACUAUGUCAAAAAGCCAAAAACCUCAAAUCAAAGCUCAAACAAAAUCUUCAUUAUUUAGUGAUGACAGUGAUGCUGAUGAUUUUCCCAUCUCCUCUAAGAAUGUUGCUAAAAUUACGUCAUCGAAGAGUUCGUUAAAAGAGAUUAAACCAAAAGUUCCUGUUCAAACAAAUACCAGCCUUUUUAGCGAUGUAGACAGCGAUGAAGAUGAUUUGUUUGGCAGUUCAGCGGCAAAAGUAGCAACUACCAUUGCAACAAAUAUACCCAAAGCAACAACAACAAAUAUACCCAAUAUAAAAGCACCAGCAACAACAAAACCCAUUGCUUCUACGGCCGAAGUAACUAAACCCAAAACUAUAGCAGACAAUCCCUUAGCUGAUUUAUUAUAAAUUCUAAAUUAAUUUAUACUAAUUUUAAACUUUAUAUUAUUAUUAUUAUUAUUGUAAUGUUUAAUUGAACAAACCACAAAUUGUUAUUUACUAUUUAAUGUUUUAAAUGAAAUGAACAAAACGAAGAAAAAAAGUGCAUUGAAAUUCGUAUAACGAAUUAAGUUUAUUUUAAAAUAAUUAUUACGAGUAUUUACAUAAACAGUUUUCUUUAGAUAAACUUAAAUUUAAUUUAAAUAAAAUAAUCGUUGUAUUAAAUGAAUUUAAACA